GCCAUUUCAGCCAUUCAAACCGUGCUCACCUCUCCCAGCUCUUCCGGUCACUGCGACAAUGGCCUGUUUGAUCCUCGGCACCGGGACUGGAAGCCCUUCUCGUGCUUUGAAAACUGGUACAACAGGUUUCCUUAGAUGCUCCCUUCCUUCAGCUUCUUCCGUUGCAUUCGUUGGCCAGACUCGGAAUGCCAGGAUGCUGGGUAUGGGGUUCGGUGAUCCAAUGCGGUACAUUGCUACCCCUACCGUUAAUAACCUGUCUGCACACCGUUGGACUAACAAGGUGUCCCGUGAAGAGCCGAUACAGCAGUUAUUGAUGUGAGAGGGACGGGGUUGUUUUGCCGGUUCGACACUACGGAUCCCGCAUUGGCGGGGACUGUUCGUGAGGAGAAAAGCAAAACCAGAUAGCCAAGGCAGGUACCAAGUAUAGGCACAGCACUCGUCACCACACCUCAUGGCUCAUGCUGUGUAAUAUUGGAGGGAGCAGGAGGGUGGUUGCUAUAAGAGACAAUGCCCUCCCGGAUGGCAUUAUUCAUGGUUCUGCCUCUCCUUCGAUCACUGUCACACAUAAAUCCACGUGAAGCUCCAGACACCAACCGAGGGCUUCUUCUUCGAAACCACCGAACUACACCUGGCCACCUGGUUGGGUACUUCCUCACAACACUAGGUACACAAUACACAUCCUCCCGUUCGUAGAACUCCAGCGGGAACUUGCCCAGUAUGAGUGAUUCGAAUGAGCUCGAGGUCGAGAGCAUCAGCCCCUUCGGACCAGCUCGCUCGACAAUCAAGGGAGAACCCCUGACCAAGGAAGAGAUUGACAAGUUCAAUGACUUCUUCAAAGCCAGCUUAUACCUCAGCUUGGGCAUGAUCUAUCUUCGCGACAACCCGCUUCUCAAGGAGCCUCUCGACACAAAGCAUCUCAAAGCCCGCCUGCUCGGCCACUUCGGCUCCGCACCCGGCCAAAUCUUCACAUGGAUGCAUUUCAACCGUUUGAUCAAGAAGUAUGAUCUCGAUUCCAUCUUCAUAUCCGGCCCCGGCCACGGUGCCCCCGCCGUUCUGUCGCAGGCAUACCUGGAAGGUACAUACUCCGAGGUAUAUCCAGAAAUAUCGGAGGACGAGGAGGGCAUGCAGAAGUUUUUCAAGCACUUCUCCUUCCCCGGCGGAAUCGGCUCGCACGCCACCCCUGAAACACCAGGCAGUAUCCACGAGGGUGGUGAGCUAGGUUACUCCAUCUCCCAUGCUUUUGGCGCAGUCUUCGACCACCCCAAUCUGAUCGCCCUGACAAUGGUGGGUGAUGGCGAGGCCGAGACCGGUCCCUUGGCGACUUCAUGGCACAGCACAAAGUUCCUCAAUCCCAUUACCGACGGUGCCGUCCUCCCCGUCUUGCACCUCAACGGUUACAAGAUCAACAAUCCUACGAUUCUCGCCCGUAUUAGCCACAAGGAGCUAGAGAAUCUGUUUCGCGGCUAUGGCUACGAACCAUACUUUGUUGAGGGCGACGAUGUUGACACCAUGCACCAGGCUAUGGCCGCAACACUGGAGCAUUGUGUCCUGGAGAUUAGGAAGUUCCAGCAAAAAGCAAGGGAGUCUGGCAAGGCCUUCAGGCCUAGGUGGCCCGUCAUCAUCCUUCGCAGUCCCAAGGGCUGGACCGGUCCCCGCAAGAUCGACGACAAGUUUCUCGAAGGGUUUUGGCGUGCCCAUCAGGUGCCCAUCACGGAUGUGCACGAGAAGCCCGAGCAUCUCAAGAUCCUUGAGCAGUGGAUGAAGAGCUACGAGCCAGAUCGUAUCUUUAGAGAUGGAAGGAUCAGCGAAGAUCUCAAGGAUCUCUGCCCGACUGGAACACGCCGGAUGAGUGCCAACCCCGUCGCGAACGGUGGCAUCAUUAGGAAGACCCUGAGGAUGCCCGACUUCCGCAAUUAUGCCCUCAAGGUCGACAAGCCGGCGUCGAUUAUGGCCGCCAGUAUGACCAAUAUGUCCAUGUUCCUCCGAGAUGUCAUUGCCGGGAACCCUACCACCUUCCGACUUUUUGGUCCCGACGAGACUGAAUCCAACAAGCUCGGGAAGGUUUACGAAGCUGGAAAGAAGGUCUGGCUGGGCGAGUACUUUGAAGAGGAUAAGGACGGCGGUAAUCUGGCCCCCGAGGGUCGCGUGAUGGAGAUGCUCUCAGAACACACAUGUGAGGGUUGGCUGGAAGGCUACAUCCUCACCGGUCGUCACGGUCUCCUGAACAGUUACGAGCCGUUCAUCCAUGUCAUUGACUCUAUGGUCAAUCAGCACUGCAAAUGGCUCGAAAAAUGCUUGGAAGUGGAGUGGCGCCACAAGGUCGCCUCUCUCAACAUCCUCCUCACCGCCGUCGUCUGGCGUCAAGAUCACAACGGCUUUACCCAUCAAGACCCCGGCUUUCUCGACGUUGUGGCCAAUAAGAGCCCCGAGAUAGUCCGUAUCUACCUCCCGCCCGACGGUAACUGCCUCCUCUCUGUCACGGACCACUGCCUGCGCUCAUCCAACUACGUCAACGUCAUUGUGGCCGACAAGCAAGAACACCUGCAGUACCUAUCCAUGGACGACGCUACCAUUCACUGUACCAAGGGCAUCGGCAUCUGGCCACAAUUCAGCAGCGACCGCGGCGAAGAGCCGGAUCUGGUCAUGGCCUCGUGCGGCGACAUCUCCACGCACGAGUCCCUGGCCGCCAUUGAUCUGCUCCUCCAACACUUUCCUGAGCUCAAAAUCCGCUGCGUCAACUGCGUCGACCUCUUCAAGCUGAUCUCGCACGACGAGCACCCGCAUGGCCUGACGGACGCCGAGUGGAUUUCCUUGUUCACCGACAACAGGCCCAUCAUCUUCAACUUCCACUCCUACCCCUGGCUUGUCCACCGUCUGACAUACAAGCGACCUGGUUCGCACAACGUGCACGUGCGCGGAUACCGCGAGAAGGGUAACAUUGAUACUCCCCUGGAGCUGGCCAUACGUAACGGCACAGAUCGAUUCAGUCUCGCAAUGGCGGCUAUCGAUCACAUGACGGGUAUUCUGGGCAAUCGUGGAGCGGCAGCCAGGGAGCAGCUAAGGAAUGAGCAGCUCAAAGCAAAGGCGAUGGCAUUUGAGGUGGGCAUGGAUCCGCCGUUUUUGAAGAAUUGGACAUGGCCGCAUACCGGGUUGUGGAGUAAGGGGGAAGCGAGGGUGGCCAGUGAGCAGCAUCUUCACUGAAAGAGACAGAGGGAGGGAAUAUCACGAUGGAUGUCCUGAUACAAGAUGGAUGGUUCGAAAGGUGAUCAAACAAGAUGAAGGAAGGCGAUAUCAAAUGGCGUUUGGAGGCAGGCCAUGGGCAACGGUGGAUGUUAUUGUGACAUGAUGAUCUCUUACUGGGAGUAUGGUGAGAGACUAAUUUUCAAUCCAUCACAGACAGAUCACAGGCAAGCCAUGUCUUCAAGCAAAUACCAAUGUCAACGUUAGGGACAGCAAAGUUCGUCGAAUGCAACUGCGAAGUCCGUUUUCAGAGCAGCUGCAUAUAAGCACAUCGGCGCAACGAAAUCUUCCAACAACCAAACUACGACAGUUGCCUCACAACUGUAAAUCUUCCGUAGUAUAGUGGUCAGUAUGUGAGCUUGUCAAGCUUGAACAUCUCAGUUCGAUUCGCUCGAGACCCGGGUUCAAUUCCCGGCGGGAGAGACCAAUACCCUUUUUUUUGCGCUUUGGAGAUCUUCCAUUUCGUGCCAACUUUUCCCAAUCUUCUUUUCUUCUAUCUAUUCUGUUCCUUUUUUGCCCUAUUUCUAGUCAUGAACAGGAUAAUGUUAAUGCGGCAAUAAUGUAGUUCAACUUACCUUCUUAACUUCAAGUCUGUC